UAUAAGUUCUCUAGACCGCCUAAAAGGUUUCAAAGUUUACUGUUUAGAAAUAUUCGGAAUCAUAGUACCAAGAGUAUUAUCAAAAUGCCACCGAAGCGAAAAUCUGUUACCGAUGAGGAGGACGACGAGUAUCGUCGCAAACGGGAUCGGAAUAAUCAGGCCGUCAAAAGAAGCCGAGUAAAGUCAAAGCAAAAAACGGAAGAAACGCAACAGCGCGUGAACGAGUUGCGGGUGAAGAACCAACUGCUGGAGGACAAAAUCGACAACCAAAAAAAGGAACUAAAAUUUCUCAAGGAACUGUUUCUCACGCAAGCGCAAGCCAAGGCGGAUAAGCUGGUGGGAGUUAACUUGAACGAAUUGCUUCAGGACGACGAUAGUGACGAUGAGGAGGAGGACAGAAAGGAGCGCGUUAAGGCAUCUUCCAGCAAAGGCGAGGGAAGCAAAAGCAGAUCUAAGAAGUAGUAGAAGCUAGAAUUUUCCUUGUUAAUGGUUCAGAUAUGAAGACUGGUGCGCACUAAUUAAUGGUACGCUUGUAUAUAUGUACAUGGCGGUUCAAAUGGAAAACAAUGCAACACGGUUGCACACCGAUAAAAUACAUCACGAUAAGUGAAUCACGUUCCACAGCGUACACGGCUAAAGAUAUGACUCCAAAUAAGCUAGAAGGGCCCAGAGAAGCUCGUUGUGUCUGAGCGCCGGUCUUCGUAA